UGCGAAAUAUGUACCACGGGCGAAGCCGGGGCGGACCGCUAGUUGCUUAUAAUACUUUUAGGUAAUCCUCGGUGGAGGUAGAAGAGAAUUCAUCCCGAAUGAUAUGAUCGAUGAAGAGGGGACGGCUGGCAAAAGAGUGGAUGGACGAAAUCUUAUCGAAGAAUGGCAAAUGGACAAAAUUGCAAAAAAUGUCUCGUAUCAGUAUCUUUGGAAUCGAGAGCAGUUACUUAAUGUGAACGAAAAUUUACCUGAGUACUUAUUGGGCCUGUUCGAAGGAAGUCAUAUGCAAUACCAUUUAGAAGCAGACACGAGAACCGAACCUACGCUCGCCGAGCUAACGGAGGCCGCGAUACGAUCUCUCAGUAGAAACGAUAAGGGUUUCUUCCUUUUUGUAGAAGGAGGGAGAAUAGAUCACGCCCAUCACGAGAAUAAAGUGGCGAAGGCGUUGGACGAAACCAUCGAAUUAAGUAGAGCCGUGGCGCGCGCGGCCGAGAUGCUGUCCGAGGAAGAUUCCUUGAUAGUGGUGACUUCGGACCACGCGCACGUGAUGUCGAUCAGCGGCUACACGCACCGCGGCGGGGACAUCAUGGGGCCCUCGGACGACGUCGGCGACGACGGCCUCCCUUACAUGACGCUUUCGUACGCGAACGGGCCCGGCUAUCGGCCACACAGCGCCGAUGGAAGAGUCGACAUUAUGAAGGAAGACAACUAUGGUGACGCGAACUGGGAGUGGCCGGCGGCGGUGCCGCUGAGCUCGGAGACGCACGGCGGCGACGAUGUGGCGGUGUUCGCGCGCGGGCCGCAGCACGCGCUCUUCUCCGGCCUGUACGAGCAGAGCCACAUCCCGCACUUCCUGGCCUACGCCUCCUGCAUCGGACCCGGCCCGCAUGCCUGCCAAGCCCGCGCCCCUUAAACUGUCCUUUAUAUCAUCCAAUCUAUAAAGUAAGAUGUGAUUCAAAUCAGUUUCAUGACAUAAUACACAAAAUAAUUAAUAUAUUGCCGCACAAGUA